AUGGAGGUAGACCCGGUUGACCCUGUUGAGGUAGCUGUUGACUCUCGUCCUGCUGGGGGUGCGGAGCCUGGGGGUGCUGAGCCUGGGGGUGCUGAGCCUGGGGGUGCGGAGCCUGCGGUUGCGGAGCCUGGGGGUGCGGAGUCUGGGGGUACUGAGCCUGGAUGUACUGAGUCUAGGGGUGCUGUGCUUGGGGGUGCUGAGCUGCAGAGUUCUGGGUCUGGGAGUGCUGAGUCUGGGGGUGCUGAGCCUGGGAGUCCUACCCCUGGGGGAGCUCUCUCCUCGGAGCGGCUGCGUGAGUGGUACUCAGAGUACUGCAGCCUCCGGAGAGGUGCCUCUGGGACCAGGAGUGCUGCUGCGACUGGUGCUGGUGCCUCCCCUCCUCAGCGGGAGCUGCCCUCUCUUGAGCGGAUCCGCGAGUGGUACGAGCGGCGCUGCACUCUCCGGAGUGGAGCGCCUGGUGUCGCGGACCCUGGUGCUGGAGGUGCUGCUGCUGCUGCUGGAGGCCCUGCUGGUACUGCGGACCCUGGGGUUGGAGCUGCUGCUAGUACUACGGACCCUGGAGCUGCUGCUGGUACUGCGGACCCUGGAGCUGGAGCUGCUGCUGGUGCUGCGGACCCUGGAGCUGGAGCUGCUGCUGGUGCUGCGGACCCUGGAGCUGGAGCUGCUGCUGGUACUGCGGACCCUGGAGCUGGAGCUGCUGCUGGUGCUGCGGACCCUGGAGCUGGAGCUGCUGCUGGAGCUGCUGCUGGUGCUGCGGACCCUGGAGCUGGAGCUGCUGCUGGUACUGCGGACCCUGGAGCUGGAGCUGCUGCUGGUGCUGCGGACCCUGGAGCUGGAGCUGCUGCUGGUGCUGCGGACCCUGGAGCUGGAGCUGCUGCUGGUGCUGCGGACCCUGGAGCUGGAGCUGCUGCUGGUGCUGCGGACCCUGGAGCUGGAGCUGCUGCUGGUACUGCGGACCCUGGCGCUGGAGCUGCUGCUGGUGCUGCGGACCCUGGAGCUGGUGCUGCUGGAGCUGCCGCGGGUGCUGGUGCCGUCUCUCCUGGUUCUGGAGUCACUGAGCGGCCCCGACCGUACUUCGUUCCGCUUCUCCAGCAGGUUCUUGGUCAGCCUCCUCCUCCUUGUCCUGCUCCCUCCUUAGCGUGUCCUCCGUCCGUCACGUCGCAGUCGCAGUUACCGCCUCCCUCGCCGCUCCCCGGUCCUUCUCCUUACUCUGGUCCCACAGGAGGUCUUACGGAGCAUCGUGAGCCUGAGUCUCGUCCUGUGUCGCCUGCGUCUCGCUCUACGUCGCCUGUCCGUGCUGCUCGCACUGGUCGUCGUGUCCCACGUGAGCGCCCUCCCCCUGUCCCUUGCACUCACUACAUGACUCUGCGUCCCUCCACUGCUCCUCAGCGUGUCCUUCUGCCGUCUCCUCCUGCGUCCUCUCUUCCUGACCUUCCUGACCCGGAGUCUGACUCCCUUCGUGCUGCCCGUCCUACUGUCACACGUCUCCUUGCUACUGUUGUCACUGACCCUACCUUUGAGUCCUCUGCUGCGUCUGCUCUCGUUGCUGAGUUAGUUGACUUUGCUGCCGCUUGUCGUCUCGACUACGCCGCUAGCCUAGUUGCUGAGUCUGAGUCUGUCUGUCCUCCGUCCGUCGGGGGUGAGUGUGCUCUUGGCACGGACGUCCUUGAGGACAGGCAGGAGGAGUUCCAGUGCUUUGCUGCUGCUUUACCUCAUCUCGUGUCCAUGCUAGUUGCCCCUGAGGGAGACCUGGAUGCACCAGACAUCCCGACCCCGCGCUCUUACGCAGAGGCGAUAGCGGGUCCCUACUCCUCUCAGUGGCAGACAGCCAUGGACGCAGAGAUGGCUUCCUGGAAGUCCACAGGCACCUACGUCGACGCUGUUCCCCCACCAGGGGCGAACAUCGUCAGUGGCAUGUGGAUUUUCAGGGUGAAGCGGCCGCCGGGUUCUCCGCCUGUCUUCAAGGCGCGUUACGUUGCUCGAGGCUUCAGCCAGCGUGAGGGAGUCGACUUCUUCCAGACCUUCUCCCCCACCCCGAAGAUGACCACUCUUCGGGUGCUGCUGCACAUAGCCGCUCAGCGUGACUACGAGCUUCACUCUCUUGACUUCAGCACUGCUUUCUUGCAGGGUAGUCUGCACGAGGAGAUCUGGCUGCGCCGCCCUCCUGGCUUCACUGGGUCGUUUCCUCCUGGUACCCAGUGGAGCCUCCGCCGGCCGGUCUACGGUCUCCGCCAGGCACCACGUGAGUGGCACGACACACUGAGGACGACACUUGCGGCACUUGGGUUCGCGCCUUCUACUUCUGACCCGUCGCUGUUUCUGCGCACAGACACUUCGUUGCCGCCGUUCUACAUCCUCGUGUACGUCGAUGACUUGGUCUUUGCCACUGCUGACACUCAGGCUCUCGCCCACGUGAAGUCGGAGCUGCAGAAGAGACACAUGUGCACAGACCUGGGUGAACUGACAAGCUAUCUUGGCUUGCGGAUCACCCGAGACAGAGCACGGCGCACCAUUACCUUGACUCAGUCACACAUGGUGCAGCAGGUCCUUCAGCGCUUCGGCUUCACGUACUCCUCGCCUCAGUCCACUCCUCUGCCUACCGGUCACUCGCUCUCAGCUCUGCCUUCGGAUGAGUCCGUAGAGCCGAGUGGCCCGUAUCCAGAGCUUGUGGGCUGCCUCAUGUACCUGAUGACCUGCACUCGUCCUGACCUUGCAUACCCUCUUAGCAUCCUUGCACGCUAUGUCGCUCCUGGCCGUCACCGGAAGGAGCACAUGGAUGCCGCUAAGAGGGUGUUGCGCUACUUGUGCAGUACGUCGGGCAUGGGGCUAGUGCUUGGAGGGCGAGACCGAGUUGUUCUCACUGGACACUCAGACGCUUCUUGGGCGGACGACCAGGCCACUCAGCGGUCGUCUCAGGGUUACACCUUCAGCCUUGGCUCCGGUUCAGUUUCUUGGCGUUCUACACGUUCUUCUUCAGUUCUCAGCUCCAGUUGUGAGGCUGAGAUCUACGCCACAGCCAUGGCGGCCCAGGAGCUACGCUGGCUCACCUACCUGCUGACCGACUUGGGAGAGCGGCCUCGUUCUCCUCCAGUGCUGUACGUCGACAACAAGGCUGCCAUUGCCUUGUGUGAGGAGCACAGACUGGAGCACAGAACGAAGCACAUCGCUCUGCGGUACUUUCUGGCUCGUGAGCUGCAGCAGCGUGGUCAGCUUUGUCUGCGUUACGUGGCCACUCAGGCCAACACUGCUGACGUGUUCACCAAGGCGCUUCAGCCUUGUGACCAUCAGCGCUUCUGUACUCUUCUAGGCCUUGUGCCUACUGGACCUCACUUGCUUACUUCUUGA